AACUGGGGAACUGGGUGGGUGUGUGCGCGCUCCAGUCACGAGCAAAGGAAAGGGAAAUCAUUGUAAAUCCCAUUCACUGCCCGAUGCAUCCUUUUGACAGUUUUUUUCUUGGCUCUUCCUCCCCUCCUGAUCUCCCUGUCCUGUCUGUGCAGAGCAGCCCACAAACAAGCAUCGAUUGGCGGACGAUCACCUGAGUUUGUCUCCCCCCUUCACGGACCUUCAUUCAAACCAGCGUCUCACCAGCAUUGAAAACGAGUGCCGCUCUAUUCUUUCUUUCUUUCUUUUAUUUUAUUUUUAAAAGAAACAUCGAUCAAGCUUCUGCACCUCUUCUGGACAGGAGAUCUGGAGAUGAAGACGGAUUUUACGCUUUUCUGUCGGACUUGGAUUGGAAUUGUGUAUACCUCAGGUCUGGUGAUAGGCUUUUCUAUGACUCCACCCAUCCUCGACAGCUCCAGAGACGAACUCGUGAUCCCCGUCCACAAAACGCUCACUCUUACAUGCAGGGGACAACGCACUCUGGCCUGGGCCUGGCCCGAUCAGACUGUGGUUGGACAGGAGCUAACCGACCGUCAGGCCCAGCUUCCGAGCACCAGGGCCCCUGGUCAGAGGGUCGCAUUAGUCAGCGAGUGUUCAGGGCGACCUGGGAGGCCCUACUGCAAGAGGCUGGUCCUGAACGGGGCGCAGGGAAAAGACACGGGCCACUACCGCUGCUAUUAUAAGGAUGUCAAGGCCGUCAUUGACGGCACCACUGCCGUCAGCGUUUAUGUCUUUGUGAGGGACCCUGAGCAUCCCUUCCUCCGGAGAGACGGCGACAGCAACCUGGAGACCAUUUUAAUCACACGCUUCUCCACGCAAGUCGUAGUGCCGUGUCUGGUCACAGUGCCGGAUCUGAAUGUCACUCUCCACACGUAUUCCACGCCUCUGGAGGGUAAUGGGAUGAUGUGGGACAACAAGCGAGGCUGGUCCAUCCCCAGACAGAUCAUAGACAGCGUGCCGAUGCUCAUUGGAUUUGUUUGUUCCGCCAUGCUGGGAGGCAAACCAUACCAAUCUGCCAACUAUGUGAUCCACACCACAGGAAGUCGGGUUUACGAUGUCAAGCUGUUUCCUGAGGACCCGGUGGAGCUGAUGGUGGGGGAGGCCCUCACCCUGAACUGUACAGCGCUGGUGGAGUUUGACACCGGGGUGGACAUUCAGUGGUCGUACCCUGGCAAAGAGACCAACAGUUGGGUGGAGAUUAAAACCUAUCGAGAAUCUCUGGCUCACGCCACAGAGGCUGUUAGCAUUCUGACCAUCCGUGACGUCAAUGUCACCGACACCGGCCCCUACAGCUGCAACGUCACAAGCAUGGACACAACUCUAACCCAUCAAACUCAGGUCAUAGUUUAUGAAAGGCCAUUUAUCAACCUCGACUACAGAAAUGGACCUGUGGUGGAGGUAACAGCUGGCCAGAAGUCCUUUAAAUUACAAGUAAAUGUCUCGGCCUUCCCCACACCUGAAACGCAAUGGUAUAAAGACGGAAAGCUGAUAAAUCAGCGGCCAGAGUUUAAGAUGAAGAGGAUGAAGAUGCACCUUAACCACGCUUUGGAGAUUAAGGAUGUUUGUCAGGAGGAUUCUGGGAUCUACACGGUGAUGCUGAAAAACAGUGCCGAUGCGCUGGAGAAGAGGCUCAACAUCACUCUGGUUGUCAACGUUCCACCUCAGAUUCAUGAGAAAGAAGUGGCUGACCCGUCUAACCCGUACCCGAGCGGCAGCAGCCAGACCCUCACAUGCACCGCCUAUGGCUUACCUGCACCCAAUAUCAGCUGGGAGUGGAGGGCCUGGGGUCCCUGUGUCCUCAACAGCACCCAAAGCAGACUAGUCCGACGAGACAGGAAGAGCCGGAGUGACGGGAUCGCAGACUGUCAGAACUGGCAGGGCAUUAACUCGGAAAAUGCCAUGAACGAAAUUGAAGAUAUUGAAACCAAAGUCCAAGUGGUGGACGGACGACAAAAGACCGUCGGCAGGCUCCAGAUCCGCAAUGCCAGUGUUUCUGUCAUGUACAAGUGUUCUGCUGACAACAAAGUGGGCAGAGAUGAGCGGCUGAUUUACUUCUACGUAACCACCAUCCCUGAGGGCUUCAGUGUGGACUUUCAGCCCUCCGAGAAUCCUUUGGAGCAAGAGAAAGUGUCUCUGAGCUGCAGCGCCGACAAUUACACCUAUGAGCAGCUGCAAUGGUACCGCCUUGACCCCCAGGCCCUGCAGGAUGAGCAGGGUAAGCCUCAGAAGCUGGACUGCAACAGCGUCCACCUCUAUGCUGACACGCUUCAAGGCCAGCUCUCCUUUCAGGAGCCCACCAACAGCUGGGUCCUGGACUUCACCAUUCACUCCAUACAGCUGCAGGAUGAGGGUUAUUAUGUGUGUGAGGCUCAGAGCAGACGCAACGGGGAGAAACAGUGCCUGGUCAAAUACAUCUCUGUCAAAGCCCUGGAGGCGCCUCGGUAUAAACGCAGCCUCACCAACCAGACGGUGAAUGUGACCGAAUCUCUGCGGAUGGAGUGCGAUGUGGAGGGCAGACCUCUUCCCCGUCUCUCCUGGUUCAAAGACAACCAGCCUCUCCACCAGAUGUCAGGGAUCCAGCUGCAGGAUUCAAACCGCACGCUGAGUAUCCAGCGGGUUAGAGAGGAGGAUGCUGGUCUUUACACCUGCACCGCCUGCAACCAGCGUGGAUGCGUUCACUCCUCAGCCGCCGUCAGGGUCAUCGGGUCAAGUGACAAGGCCAGUGUGGAGAUCGUAAUCCUCAUCGGGACCGGAGUCAUAGCUGUUUUCUUCUGGGCUUUGCUCAUCCUCAUCUUCUGCAACGUGAAACGGGUGAACCCAGCAGACAUAAAGACGGGCUAUCUGUCCAUCAUUAUGGACCCGGGGGAGGUGCCACUGGAUGAGCAAUGUGAAUACCUGCCCUACGACUCAUCGCAAUGGGAGAUCUCCAGAGACCGCCUCAGACUGGGAAAGGUUUUAGGUCAUGGCGCCUUUGGAAAAGUAAUUGAAGCAUCAAUCUAUGGCAUCAGCAAGAGCAGCAGUUUGGACACCGUAGCUGUGAAGAUGCUGAAGGAUGGAGCCACAGCCAGCGAGCACAAAGCCUUGAUGUCCGAGUUGAAGAUAUUGAUUCACAUUGGUAACCAUCUGAAUGUAGUGAACCUGUUAGGAGCCUGCACCAAACCAAACGGUCCGCUGAUGGUGGUAGUGGAGUACUGCAAGUAUGGGAAUCUGUCCAACUUCCUACGGGCCAAGAGGGAAUUCUUCCUCCCCUACAGGGAUCGCUCACCGAAAACCCAAAGCCAAGUGAGGCGGAUGAUAGAAGCGGGUCAGAUGGACCAAAGAGCUCGUCAGCCGCCUUCUCCGUCCUCCACCCCGCUCACCGGCCCCCAGAGUCCCACAUCAAACACGACCAACCCGAAUCCCGCUGUGGAGAAAAUGGAGGAUUUGUGGAAGACUCCUCUGACGAUAGAGGACUUGAUUUGCUACAGUUUUCAGGUGGCUCGGGGGAUGGAGUUCCUGGCCUCCAGAAAGUGUAUCCACAGAGACUUGGCUGCCCGGAACAUUCUCCUGUCAGAGAGCAACAUCGUGAAGAUCUGUGACUUCGGCCUGGCCAGAGACAUAUACAAAGACCCCGAUUACGUCAGGAAAGGCAACGCUCGUCUGCCUUUAAAGUGGAUGGCUCCGGAGAGCAUCUUUGACAAGGUGUACACCAGCCAGAGUGAUGUAUGGUCUUUUGGAGUUCUCCUGUGGGAAAUCUUUUCACUCGGUGCCUCUCCGUACCCGGGUGUACAGAUUGAUGAAGAGUUUUGCAAACGUUUGAAAGACGGUGUCAGGAUGAGAGCACCAGAGACUGCCUCUCCUGAGAUAUAUGGCAUCAUGCUGGCCUGCUGGCAGGGCGAGCCCAAAGACAGGCCGAUGUUCCCAGCUCUGGUUCAGAUCCUGGGAGACCUGCUGCAGGACAACAGCCUACCUGAUGGAAAGGACUACAUCCCCCUGAACCACUCACAAAACUCAGAAGAUGAUGGUUUCUCACAGGCCUCAUCUGGUCCUGCAUCCGAGGAAGAACUGAGAAUGGCCUGUAACACUCUACCUACAAGGUAUUAUAACUGCGUGCCUUUUGCCGGUUGUGCGUUUGUGGGCCCCUCCAAAAUAUGCCAGCCCAGGGUAAAGACAUUUGAAGAGUUGCCCCUGGAGAUGCAUCCACAGAAAGCUCCUCAGGAUAACCAGACAGACAGCGGGAUGGUUCUGGCCUCGGAAGAAUUUGAAAGAAUUGAACACAACCACAGGGGGACCGUGUUAAAAAGUCGAAUGGGCAGCAGCAGCAGCACGGAGCCUCUGACAGCCUCCCACAGUUCACCGGGUCAAAGCAGCAGCAGCUACAGGCAGCGUCCCAACUUCUUCAGCCAGCUGUCAGGACAGACCUUCUAUAACAACGAGUACGGACACCUGUCUGAGGAAGGCUUCUGUGACUUCUACUCCACACCAGACGCCCCCUGCCUCCCUUCCUCGAAUGUGUAAUCAAAGAUGUAGACCAAAGAAAGGAAGGGGUUAAAAAAAAAAAAAAAAGUGGUCAGCUCAGGUUAAGGAAGGACUUUGUAACAUCUCAGUAUCUGACAUGUAAUCAUUUACGAUUGAAGAUCAGGUUUUGACUUCUUUUGACCAGAAUUGACUUCUUUUCAUCUCAAAGUCCUUCCUUUCUCCUCUCGGGCUGCUGCCUCAACAAAUGGACUGAGCUACAUGUGCCUGACGUUCCUCUAACCAGCCACUGGGUGGCAACAUUAUUACAAAAACAAUCCAUAAGUAUUUUCUAUUCACACAUUUAUAUUUUUAGCUUUUAUAUACAAAGUAUUCUUCCUUUAUUUGUGCAAUUUAUGACUCAUAUAGGAAGAAAUAAAGAAGUUUAUCUGC